UGCAAUUAGUUAAGGAAGUCGGUUCUUUUAUUUGAUGCCUUUUAUAUUAAUAAUCGAUCAAUAAGUAUAGAAAUCACUUUUGACGUACUUAAUUUAAAAUAUUUAUUUUACAAUAACAAAAAUAAUUGUAUAAAAAGCAAUUGAGAAGUACAAUUUAUAUUUAUCACGCUUGUUCAAAGCGCAUGUUUAACUUUCUUUUCAGAAAUCAAAUUGAGAAAUGUUUCAUUUGACGAAAAUAGUUUCUGAUUGUUUUUUACAUGCAUAUAAGAAAUUAGAAUAAAGGGAAAUGUAAAUAUUAACAAUAGAAAUGAAAGCGUCACGGUAAUAUAUUGGAAUAUGUUAUAGGCAAUUGGAGCUCAAAUUGACUUGGUAUAUCAUAUAGUAAAAAUAUCAUUGAUCUUGUUAUAAUGGAACAACUAGAUUUUUGAUGAAUUCAUACUGUUACUCAUUUGAAUUUGUUUGUGUGACUGCAUGUUUGUAAGAGUCAGAAGAUUGAGUUUUUUUUCAAAACUGGCGACACGCAUUUCAGUGGCGAGAAUGAGGAUUUAAAGGCAGUGUAGAGUUUCAAAGGUGAUUGGUGUUUUCGUCCUGUUGGUAUUAUGUACUGUGUCGAGAAUGAGGAUUUUAAGGCAGUGUAGAGUUUCAAAGGUGUUUGGUGCCUUUGUUCUGUUGGUAUUAUGUACUGGAAUUAUGGAAUUCAUUAUUUAUGCCACAAACAAGACAGCCUUAAGAGUUCUGGAACUGUUUCACAGAAAAAGAAUACUGAAUGAAGGAGCCUUACGUUACUUACCAAAAUAUGACGUCAUAUUAAGCGCCUAUAUGAAUAGUGGUUCCACAUAUACCGGAAGAAUACUAGGUUUCCGUAAAGAUGCAUUUUAUUUUUACGAACCAUUAUGGCGACUGACACUUUGGGGAUAUUACAGAUCCAACUUUACUGUGUGUAGCACUCGAACAAACAUGUGUAGAGAAAUCCCAAAAGACGAAAUGAAUCAAAACAAACCUAUUGUUGGACGGUCCAAGAAAGGCCUCGAUUUUCAUUUGCUUCAUGACAAAGAUAUCAUCAACAUGUCAGUAACUCCUUUACAAGUCGCUCAAAGAAUAAUUCAUCACGUCUUUAGAUGUCGUCUGCUGCAGGUUCAAAAUCUUAUCCAACCAGGAGUAACAGAUGCUGUAGGAUUUUCAGGUCAAAGCUGGAACAUUUAUCGUUAUUGUAUUAGCAGAAAUAAACCAUUUGAUCAUUGUCUAGAAGUUUUGCAAUCCUCAAAUUGUCACCAUGCCAAACACAGAGUGUCAAAAGUACUGAGACUAUCUCUUGGAGCAUUAGAAGAUAUUCUUCGAACCUCUCCUAAACUGAAAGUAGUUCAUCUUUUUCGAGAUCCCAGAGCUAUAAUUCAUUCGAGAUUAGAGACACAUGGGUAUCCUCUUGAAAAGACGACGUCUCAUAAUGGUAUAAAGAACAAUGCAAAAUCCUUGUGUACUAAAAUGGCGGCAGACCUUAAGGAUGGCGAACGCUUAAAGAAACUGUUUCCGAACAGGUUUUGUUUCAUUCACUAUGAAGAUAUUUACACAAAAGAUGAUUCUUUAAUCGAAUUGCAUACUUUUCUUGGAAUGUCAAUAACUCGAGAAAUCAUACAUAACGCUAGGGUGCAUGUGUCAAAUUAUGGAAGCAACAGAAAAAGGUCUGCUAGAUCGGAAAGGAAUAGAAAUAAUGCAUUUUGGUGGAGAAAAUAUUUAAGUUGGGACAUAAUGAAAUUAAUUGAUUCUGAAUGUUCCUUUAUAUAUUCAGAACUUGGAUAUCCAAUCAUAAUGGACAAAGAGGACAAAGAGAAUUUCAACGAAUCUUUUGUGAUACAGAAUCUCCAAUUUUCAAUGACGUAAUUAAAGGCUGGUUGGUUAGUUGAAAAGUUUGUACUUGACUGCUAAAUUAAUAGCUUAUUUAAACAUAUUUAGCCGUCGCAAAGCUAUAUAAGUGUAUGUGCAAUUUAAACGUAAAUUUAUAACCUAGCCAAAAUGACCAUCGUAUAAAUAAAUUCUCUUUUGUUAUAUACAUAUAUUUGUAUUAUAAUAAAUAAUCUAAAUGAUUAUGUGAAUAUAAAAACCUACAUAAUUAUUUGGUUAAUGAUCUUCGUCAACAGUGUGUAACAAAAGAACUAACUGACUUUUCUAUCUUACAUGAGUUUUAUUCUUGUACGUUAUUUUUAAAUGUUAC